AAGGCUAUAAACAUAUUCCUUUUCAAAAAGCCAGGCUGAUUACUUGGUUGCUUAAUUCAUAUUAUAUCAUUGUUAGUUUAAAUUAAUGACUUGCCAUUUGGAUACCUGAGCUCUACUUGCACUCCAGAACAAGAUCCUUGGCUUCACCUUGUCCUCAAAGGUAGUUCACUCUCCGUUCUAUCCCUUUCCCGGCCGCAUUUCUUUCUUUUUCUACAACCUUUGGUCGAUAAUUCCUUCUUUUUUCCAGUGUUUUUUUAUGGGUCUCCUUUUAUUAUAUUUUAUUUUUUAACCUUCUCACCCAUGGUGGUGAAAACACGAAGAUCUCCUUCGGCCCUCCGGAGUCUCUGCGGCCCAUCUCAAUAUUCUUUACCUCCUACCUUUUUUAACCUUUAUUUAGACACCAAAGUAUCCUCCAUACCGCCAACUUGGUGGUUUUUAAGCAGUGUACCAUAUAGUUCUGGUGAGGCUUUCACUUCUGCUGUCUCGUUUUAGUUUUGUAAUGGAGGUGGAAUCAAAUCCAAGUUGGAUUGCUGGGUGCGUUGCUUCUAGAAUGGUCUUGCAUCUGCCUUCUUAAUUCCCUCAUCUUGUCAUAAUUACUUUUUUAAGUUUCUUGUGUGUGACACAUCGCAUUUGUUGCUUUACUAAAACGCGGCUGGCAGCCCAUAUAUGCUUGCCGAGCUUCCAGUCGUUGUCAUGGUGUCUUUUUUUGCCAAGUUCCACUGGAGUGAGGCUGCAAAGAUUUCCAUUUUAAGCCCCUUCUAUCGCAGCUUUCUCUCUGAACUCCACUUGUUUUGAAUUAUUUUCGAAUCCACGAGUAGAGUAGAGGUUGGGAGCAGAAUUCCGGUGGUGGUGGGGAUGAUGGGGCGGUGGUAUGGGCUUGUGAAGGUGGUUUCUUGGUUGUGUUUGGUGGGUGUUGUGAGUGGUAUUGGAGUGAACUGGGGGACGCAGGCGAGCCACCCCCUGCCGCCGGGCACGGUGGUUCGGAUGCUCCGCGACAACGGGAUCCAACAGGUGAAGUUGUUUGAUCCAGAGGAUAGUGUCAUGGGUGCCCUCAGCAAGUCUGGGAUUCAGGUGAUGGUCGGGAUUCCGAACGAGAUGCUCGCCGGCCUGGCGUCGAGUAUGAAGGCGGCAGAGGAUUGGGUGUCCAAGAACGUCUCCAGCUACAUCAAGGAUGGAGUGGAUAUCAGAUAUGUUGCUGUCGGAAAUGAGCCAUUCUUGGAGACUUAUAAUGGGAGCUUCCUCCAAACCACCUUUCCAGCGCUCCAAAACAUCCAAGGUGCCCUCAUAAAAGCUGGGGUGAGCAGCCAGGUCAAAGUCACCAUACCCCUGAAUGCUGAUGUCUAUGAAUCAUCAAGCGGCAAGCCUUCUGAUGGGGACUUCCGCAUGAACAUCCACGACCUCAUGGUUUCCAUCAUCAAAUUCCUCAGUGACAAUGGUGCUCCCUUCACAGUCAACAUCUACCCCUUCAUCAGUCUCUACAAUGAUCCCAACUUCCCUGUGGACUAUGCCUUCUUUGAUGGACAACCUGCAUCCCCUGUAGUUGAUGGUUCGAUCACAUACACUAAUGUAUUUGAUGCAAACCAUGACACUCUUGUAUGGGCCCUGCAGAAGAACGGCUAUGGAAAUCUUUCCAUCAUCGUCGGUGAGAUUGGUUGGCCCACUGAUGGGGACAUGAAUGCAAACAUUCAGUAUGCUCAAAGAUUUAACCAAGGCUUCUUGAAGCGUGUCGCAUCAGGGCAGGGCACACCAAUGAGACCAGGACCUAUUGAUGCAUACCUGUUUAGUUUGAUAGAUGAAGAUCAAAAGAGCAUCCAGCCAGGGAACUUUGAGAGACACUGGGGCAUCUUCUACUAUGACGGGCAGACGAAAUAUCAGCUUAGUAUAUCGACAUCAAAAUCUGGAACUUUAGUUGGAGCUAAGAAUGUUAAGUAUUUGGACAAGAAGUGGUGUGUGUUCAAGCCUUCAGUCAACCUUGACGAUUCAAGAGUGCCACCAGCUGUGAGCUAUGCUUGUGCCAAAGCUGACUGCACAAGCCUUGGGUACAAGACAUCAUGCGGCGAUCUCGAUGCGCGGGGGAAUGUUUCAUAUGCAUUCAACAGCUACUACCAGGUCAAUGAUCAGGAUAACAGGGCCUGUGAUUUCCAAGGCAUAGGUACUACCACCGACAGAGAUCCAUCUACUUCCACUUGUAGGUUUGAGAUCAUGAUUGAGGCUGGUUCUGCAACAUCCAGGAGGUUAGCAGCAGUCGGGUUACCGGGAGUUCGUCUGGUGUUCCAUGCAUUUCUUCCAAUUCUGUUGACAUUGCUGUGAUCAUAUCUUGCUAUGUCGAUACUGUGUUUAUAACAUGGAUUCAUUGUUUUGUAUCUAUUAAGUACCAGUAUAUAACACUCAUUACAGGUGUUUUCCCCCCACCCCC